AUGGAAGUUGAUGAUAAGUUAACGGCUUCAACCAUUGUUGGUGUAAAUGAUCUGAUGGCAUCGAGGAGGCUGAACCACAAUGCGAGCGAGCGCAAUCGCCGAACGAAGAUCAAUCUUCUAUUUUCUUCUCUUCGCUCUGUUCUUCCUCCUCACGAUCAACGGAAGAGAUUAAGCAAUCCAGCAACAGUUUCAGUUGCACUAAACUACAUAUCAAAUCUACAAAAGCAAGUGGAGGAACUUGUUGAGAAGAAGAAACAGCUCAUGAUUUCGAUGAUUACGAGGAGAUCACAAGAAGAAAGCAGCUCAAGCUUGUUGGCUGUUUCAACCAAUAGCCUUAGUGAAACAGAAAUUGUCCAAAUAAUUUCCACCUUUCAUGGAAUCCCUUUGUCUUGCAUCUUGCUUGGUUUACAAGAAGAUGGGCUUCACCCUCUUAAUAUUUCUUCAUCUCUGUCCUUUGGAGGAAGAAUCUUUUACUAUUUACAUCUUCAGGGGUGUGCAUGGGUUGGAUUGAGGGUGUUUUUUUGGACAAACUCGAAAAUUCGGAUUGACAUAACCUAA